AUUCUCCACAUUCCUCACUGCAGGUUCGGUCUUACCCGCUCUUGCUCCGCCUUCACAAAAGCAAACUGGAACUCGCAGAUGCUGAUCUGACAGUUCAAAUAUCAGGGUGGGGACUCCCUGCUACAAAGACUAGAUUCAGACUGGGACAACCGGAGCCAGAACAGGAGUGAGAGAGCCGGAGCGAACUGAGAAAGAGAGCCAGAGUGAGGUGUCCCAGACAAAAACAGAAAUACCUCGCAAAACUCAGCAGGUCUGGCAGCGUCGGCGGAGAGAUCAAAGUUGACGUUUCGAGUCCUCAUGACCCUUCAACAGAACUGCUUUAUCAGAACAACAGUUUUAUCUCUGUGGGCGUCCCAGGUCGGAGCAGCAGACAGUUACUGAUACUCAUUACUGACUCAGCAUCACAACACCAAUACCCAGAGAAAUGGAGAAUGCAAGUGGCGUGCAGAACAGAGAGAACAUGAAUCCGGUCCCAGAGGUUUGUACCCCUGCGACUGCCGAUGACCAAUGUAAAGCGGGUAGUGUCAGCAAGCAACCCCCGAAAAAGACAUCCAUCAAUGGUGAUGUUGUGUUAAAGGUUCCCCAAAAACAGAGCUGCAUUAUGUCCCAGAAGGUUGCAAGUAGCAUUGCUGGUCUCCUGAUUCAUUCAACCAAAGAAAAGAUGAGUAUCUACCAAGCCAUGAUAAAGAAGCUGCUGAACCCAGGAACAGCUCUGUUGCUGCUGGAGGCACAAGCAGCCACUGGCUUCAUCAUUGACCCUGUGACAGAACAAACCCUGUCUGUGGAUGAGGCUCUGCAGCAAGGAAUCAUUGGCACAGAUGUGUAUGAUAAACUGCUGUCUGCAGAAAAGGCAGCGUUGGGCUAUAAAGACCCCUACACAGGAGACAUGAUCUCCCUAUUCCAAGCAAUGAAGAAAGAGCUGGUUGUACAUUCUCAUGCAAUCCGUCUACUGGAAGCUCAGGUGGCAACUGGUGGUCUCAUCGACCCACUCUCUGGCUAUCGUAUUCCUGUGGACAUUGCCUAUCAGAGAGGCAUAUUUGAUGAGGAGAUGAACAAGAUUCUCUCUGACCCCAGCGAUGACAGCAGAGGGUUCUUUGACCCCAAUACACAAGAGAACCUCAGUUACCUGGAGCUGAAACAGAGGUGUGUGGCUGACCCUACUACAGGUCUCUGUCUGCUGAUUGUGACAGAGAAGGUGCUGAAGGGAGUCCAGAUUCAAGUGGAUGAAAAAGCCAAGGAGGUCUUUAGAAAUACUUUGGUUGCAGUAAGAUACGGCAGGUUCAAAGGCCGCAAGGUGACAUUAUGGGAAGCAAUCAAUUCUGAAUACUUCACUGAAGAUCAAAUCAAGGAGUUUAUCAUAAAGUUCAAUUCAGGUAAAUUAACGGUUGAGACAAUUCUCACCAACGUCACCACAAUCAUUGAAGUAUCAGAGAAGAAGAAGGAAGUGACUUUUCGUGGUCUGAGGCGCAGAGUCUCUUCAAAACAAUUGUUGGACUGCAAGAUCAUUGACCAGAAUAUAUUCGAGAAACUAGAGAAGGGAUUAACCACCACAAAAGAGGUUUCAGAGCUCAAGUCUGUCGAGAGGUAUCUGAAAGGUACCUGUAGCAUCGCUGGGGUUUUUGUGGAGUCAACCAAUGAGAAGAUGAGUAUCUAUCAGGCAAUGAAGAGGGAUCUACUGAUGCCAGGAACAGCUUUGAUCCUGUUGGAAGCUCAGGCAGCGACCGGAUUCCUCAUUGAUCCAGUGAAGAAUGCAAAGUUCACUGUUGAUGAAGCAGUUAAGGAAAAUCUCGUUGGUGCAGAUUUCCGUCAGAAACUCCUGUCUGCAGAAAGAGCAGUAACUGGUUACAAGGACCCUUAUACAGGUGAUGUGAUCUCCUUGUUCCAGGCCCUGAAGAAAGAUCUGAUUGUUAAAGACCAUGGGAUCCGUCUCCUAGAGGCACAGAUUGCCACGGGAGGCAUCAUUGACCCCGUGCACAGUCACCGACUGCCCGUCAAUGUAGCUUUUCAGAGAAAGCUGUUUGAUGAGGAGAUGAACAAUAUUCUCUCUGACCCCAGUGAUGACACCAAAGGUUUCUUUGACCCCAACACUAAAGAGAAUUUGACAUACCUGCAGCUGAUGGAGAGAUGUGCAACUGAGCCAGAAACUGAGCUUUGCCUCUUGUGUCUGAGGGACCUGCGUUAUAUAGAUAACCAAACAACCAUUGGAUUCCAAAAGGCUAACUUUUCCAUUAUAAAGGGGAAAUUCCGAGGAAGAACCAUGUCAAUCUGGGAAUUUCUCAACACGGAUUACAUCACAGAUACAAAAAGAAGAGAGAUAAUACAAGGAUUCAGCUCAAAAAAAAUAACAAUUGAACAGAUCAUUACCAUCCUCAUCACCAUCAUUGAAGAAAUGGAAUCCAGAACUCAGACAGACAUCACUGUUGAUGGCUUACGAAAGAAAAUUUCUCUUCAGGAGUUGCUGCAAUCUGGAGUGAUAGAUAUCCACAUAUUUGAAGAAAUACGGACAGGCAAGAAGUCAGUCGCAGAUCUUCUGAAUAUGAUCUCAGUGAGGAAAUACCUACAGGGUGAGGGCAGCAUUGCUGGAAUCCUUCUGGAACAUUCCAGUGAGAAGAUGAGUAUCUACCAGGCAAUGAAGAGGAAUCUACUGAUGCCAGGAACAGCUUUGAUCCUGUUGGAAGCUCAGGCAGCGACCGGAUUCCUCAUUGAUCCAGUGAAGAAUGCAAAGUUCACUGUUGAUGAAGCAGUUAAGGAAAAUCUCGUUGGUACAGAUUUCCAUCAGAAACUCCUGUCUGCAGAAAGAGCAGUAACUGGUUACAAAGACCCCUACACAGGUGAUGUGAUCUCCUUGUUCCAGGCCCUGAAGAAAGAUCUGAUUGUUAAAGACCAUGGGAUCCGUCUCCUAGAGGCACAGAUUGCCACGGGAGGCAUCAUUGACCCGGUGCACAGUCACCGACUGCCCGUUGAUGUAGCUUACAAACGAGGCAUGUUUGAUGAGGAGAUGAACAAGAUUCUCUCAGAUGCUGGUGAUGACAGCAAAGGUUUCUUUGACCCCAACAGCAGAGAGAACCUGACCUACCUGCAGCUGAAAGAGCGAUGUGUUAAAGACCCAGAGACUGGCCUGUGCUUUUUAAUGUUGACAAACAAGAGAGGGAAGGGUCAGCUGAGAGCUAGCAUUGCAGAAACUGAGAGAGUUUUCAGGGAGGAAGUCAUAUCUGUUCCAAGUGGUCACUUCAAGGGGAGGUCUGUCUCAGUCUGGGAACUUAUUCACUCCGAAUAUUUCACUGUAGAGAAGAGAAAGGAGCUGAUUGAGAAGUUCAGCAGGAAGGAGAUCAUGAUGAAGACCAUCAUCAAAAUGAUCACCACAAUCAUUGAGCAAGCUUCAACAGAGAGCACCCCUGAUACACCAUCCAUUAUUCCUAUUGCCAAAGAUAAUGCUUUUCUGCUUUCUACUAUUGACGAGGUUGAAGCAACAUUUAGAAAUGAAAUAGUGUGCUUCUCUGUCUGGUGUUUCAUCCAUUCCAAACUCUUCACUGAAGAGAAGAGGAAGGAACUGAUAGAACAAUACCAAAAGCAGGAGAUUGAUAUAAAUACAAUCGUCAGAAUGAUCCGCACUACUAUGGAGGAAACUCAAACAUGGAAAACAACUUCAAUCACAUUUUCAGGUUUCAGAUCUGAAAUCUCUGGAGAAGAGCUGGUAGAGUCUAAGAUCAUUGACAAAAAGACAUUGCAGGAUCUGCAGGUAGGUAAGAAGACUGUGCAAGAGGUCAGUGAGUUAGAAUCAGUCAAGACCUAUCUCAAUGGAUCUGACAGCAUCGCUGGGAUCCUUGUGGAGUCAACCAAUGAGAAGAUGAGUAUCCAGCAGGCAAUGAAGAGGAAUCUACUGAUGCCAGGAACAGCUUUGAUCCUGUUGGAAGCUCAGGCAGCGAACGGAUUCCUCAUUGAUCCAGUGAAGAAUGCAAAAUUCACUGUUGAUGAAGCAGUUAAGGAACAUCUCAUUGGUGCACAGUUCCAUCAGAAACUCCUGUCUGCAGAAAGAGCAGUAACUGGUUACAAAGACCCUUACACAGGUGAUGUGAUCUCCUUGUUCCAGGCCCUGAAGAAAGAUCUGAUUGUUAAAGACCAUGGGAUCCGUCUCCUAGAGGCACAGAUUGCCACGGGAGGCAUCAUCGACCCUGUGCACAGUCACCGACUGCCCGUCGAUGUAGCUUACAAACGAGGCAUGUUUGAUGAAGCAAUGAACAAGAUUCUCUCAGAUGCUGGUGAUGACACCAAAGGUUUCUUUGACCCCAACAGCAGAGAGAACCUGACCUACCUGCAGCUGAAAGAGCGAUGUGUUAAAGACCCAGAGACUGGCCUCUGUCUCCUAUUGCUGAAAAACAUCACAACACCAAUACCCAGAGAAAUGGAGAAUGCAAGUGGCGUGCAGAACAGAGAGAACAUGAAUCCGGUCCCAGAGGUUUGUACCCCUGCGACUGCCGAUGACCAAUGUAAAGCGGGUAGUGUCAGCAAGCAACCCCCGAAAAAGACAUCCAUCAAUGGUGAUGUUGUGUUAAAGGUUCCCCAAAAACAGAGCUGCAUUAUGUCCCAGAAGGUUGCAAGUAGCAUUGCUGGUCUCCUGAUUCAUUCAACCAAAGAAAAGAUGAGUAUCUACCAAGCCAUGAUAAAGAAGCUGCUGAACCCAGGAACAGCUCUGUUGCUGCUGGAGGCACAAGCAGCCACUGGCUUCAUCAUUGACCCUGUGACAGAACAAACCCUGUCUGUGGAUGAGGCUCUGCAGCAAGGAAUCAUUGGCACAGAUGUGUAUGAUAAACUGCUGUCUGCAGAAAAGGCAGCGUUGGGCUAUAAAGACCCCUACACAGGAGACAUGAUCUCCCUAUUCCAAGCAAUGAAGAAAGAGCUGGUUGUACAUUCUCAUGCAAUCCGUCUACUGGAAGCUCAGGUGGCAACUGGUGGUCUCAUCGACCCACUCUCUGGCUAUCGUAUUCCUGUGGACAUUGCCUAUCAGAGAGGCAUAUUUGAUGAGGAGAUGAACAAGAUUCUCUCUGACCCCAGCGAUGACAGCAGAGGGUUCUUUGACCCCAAUACACAAGAGAACCUCAGUUACCUGGAGCUGAAACAGAGGUGUGUGGCUGACCCUACUACAGGUCUCUGUCUGCUGAUUGUGACAGAGAAGGUGCUGAAGGGAGUCCAGAUUCAAGUGGAUGAAAAAGCCAAGGAGGUCUUUAGAAAUACUUUGGUUGCAGUAAGAUACGGCAGGUUCAAAGGCCGCAAGGUGACAUUAUGGGAAGCAAUCAAUUCUGAAUACUUCACUGAAGAUCAAAUCAAGGAGUUUAUCAUAAAGUUCAAUUCAGGUAAAUUAACGGUUGAGACAAUUCUCACCAACGUCACCACAAUCAUUGAAGUAUCAGAGAAGAAGAAGGAAGUGACUUUUCGUGGUCUGAGGCGCAGAGUCUCUUCAAAACAAUUGUUGGACUGCAAGAUCAUUGACCAGAAUAUAUUCGAGAAACUAGAGAAGGGAUUAACCACCACAAAAGAGGUUUCAGAGCUCAAGUCUGUCGAGAGGUAUCUGAAAGGUACCUGUAGCAUCGCUGGGGUUUUUGUGGAGUCAACCAAUGAGAAGAUGAGUAUCUAUCAGGCAAUGAAGAGGGAUCUACUGAUGCCAGGAACAGCUUUGAUCCUGUUGGAAGCUCAGGCAGCGACCGGAUUCCUCAUUGAUCCAGUGAAGAAUGCAAAGUUCACUGUUGAUGAAGCAGUUAAGGAAAAUCUCGUUGGUGCAGAUUUCCGUCAGAAACUCCUGUCUGCAGAAAGAGCAGUAACUGGUUACAAGGACCCUUAUACAGGUGAUGUGAUCUCCUUGUUCCAGGCCCUGAAGAAAGAUCUGAUUGUUAAAGACCAUGGGAUCCGUCUCCUAGAGGCACAGAUUGCCACGGGAGGCAUCAUUGACCCCGUGCACAGUCACCGACUGCCCGUCAAUGUAGCUUUUCAGAGAAAGCUGUUUGAUGAGGAGAUGAACAAUAUUCUCUCUGACCCCAGUGAUGACACCAAAGGUUUCUUUGACCCCAACACUAAAGAGAAUUUGACAUACCUGCAGCUGAUGGAGAGAUGUGCAACUGAGCCAGAAACUGAGCUUUGCCUCUUGUGUCUGAGGGACCUGCGUUAUAUAGAUAACCAAACAACCAUUGGAUUCCAAAAGGCUAACUUUUCCAUUAUAAAGGGGAAAUUCCGAGGAAGAACCAUGUCAAUCUGGGAAUUUCUCAACACGGAUUACAUCACAGAUACAAAAAGAAGAGAGAUAAUACAAGGAUUCAGCUCAAAAAAAAUAACAAUUGAACAGAUCAUUACCAUCCUCAUCACCAUCAUUGAAGAAAUGGAAUCCAGAACUCAGACAGACAUCACUGUUGAUGGCUUACGAAAGAAAAUUUCUCUUCAGGAGUUGCUGCAAUCUGGAGUGAUAGAUAUCCACAUAUUUGAAGAAAUACGGACAGGCAAGAAGUCAGUCGCAGAUCUUCUGAAUAUGAUCUCAGUGAGGAAAUACCUACAGGGUGAGGGCAGCAUUGCUGGAAUCCUUCUGGAACAUUCCAGUGAGAAGAUGAGUAUCUACCAGGCAAUGAAGAGGAAUCUACUGAUGCCAGGAACAGCUUUGAUCCUGUUGGAAGCUCAGGCAGCGACCGGAUUCCUCAUUGAUCCAGUGAAGAAUGCAAAGUUCACUGUUGAUGAAGCAGUUAAGGAAAAUCUCGUUGGUACAGAUUUCCAUCAGAAACUCCUGUCUGCAGAAAGAGCAGUAACUGGUUACAAAGACCCCUACACAGGUGAUGUGAUCUCCUUGUUCCAGGCCCUGAAGAAAGAUCUGAUUGUUAAAGACCAUGGGAUCCGUCUCCUAGAGGCACAGAUUGCCACGGGAGGCAUCAUUGACCCGGUGCACAGUCACCGACUGCCCGUUGAUGUAGCUUACAAACGAGGCAUGUUUGAUGAGGAGAUGAACAAGAUUCUCUCAGAUGCUGGUGAUGACAGCAAAGGUUUCUUUGACCCCAACAGCAGAGAGAACCUGACCUACCUGCAGCUGAAAGAGCGAUGUGUUAAAGACCCAGAGACUGGCCUGUGCUUUUUAAUGUUGACAAACAAGAGAGGGAAGGGUCAGCUGAGAGCUAGCAUUGCAGAAACUGAGAGAGUUUUCAGGGAGGAAGUCAUAUCUGUUCCAAGUGGUCACUUCAAGGGGAGGUCUGUCUCAGUCUGGGAACUUAUUCACUCCGAAUAUUUCACUGUAGAGAAGAGAAAGGAGCUGAUUGAGAAGUUCAGCAGGAAGGAGAUCAUGAUGAAGACCAUCAUCAAAAUGAUCACCACAAUCAUUGAGCAAGCUUCAACAGAGAGCACCCCUGAUACACCAUCCAUUAUUCCUAUUGCCAAAGAUAAUGCUUUUCUGCUUUCUACUAUUGACGAGGUUGAAGCAACAUUUAGAAAUGAAAUAGUGUGCUUCUCUGUCUGGUGUUUCAUCCAUUCCAAACUCUUCACUGAAGAGAAGAGGAAGGAACUGAUAGAACAAUACCAAAAGCAGGAGAUUGAUAUAAAUACAAUCGUCAGAAUGAUCCGCACUACUAUGGAGGAAACUCAAACAUGGAAAACAACUUCAAUCACAUUUUCAGGUUUCAGAUCUGAAAUCUCUGGAGAAGAGCUGGUAGAGUCUAAGAUCAUUGACAAAAAGACAUUGCAGGAUCUGCAGGUAGGUAAGAAGACUGUGCAAGAGGUCAGUGAGUUAGAAUCAGUCAAGACCUAUCUCAAUGGAUCUGACAGCAUCGCUGGGAUCCUUGUGGAGUCAACCAAUGAGAAGAUGAGUAUCCAGCAGGCAAUGAAGAGGAAUCUACUGAUGCCAGGAACAGCUUUGAUCCUGUUGGAAGCUCAGGCAGCGAACGGAUUCCUCAUUGAUCCAGUGAAGAAUGCAAAAUUCACUGUUGAUGAAGCAGUUAAGGAACAUCUCAUUGGUGCACAGUUCCAUCAGAAACUCCUGUCUGCAGAAAGAGCAGUAACUGGUUACAAAGACCCUUACACAGGUGAUGUGAUCUCCUUGUUCCAGGCCCUGAAGAAAGAUCUGAUUGUUAAAGACCAUGGGAUCCGUCUCCUAGAGGCACAGAUUGCCACGGGAGGCAUCAUCGACCCUGUGCACAGUCACCGACUGCCCGUCGAUGUAGCUUACAAACGAGGCAUGUUUGAUGAAGCAAUGAACAAGAUUCUCUCAGAUGCUGGUGAUGACACCAAAGGUUUCUUUGACCCCAACAGCAGAGAGAACCUGACCUACCUGCAGCUGAAAGAGCGAUGUGUUAAAGACCCAGAGACUGGCCUCUGUCUCCUAUUGCUGAAAAAAUAAAUGAAUUGAAUAAAGAUUGAAUUUCUGCAAA